AUGCAGACAUUAAAUGAUUAUGAAAUAAUAGAAAAAUUAGGUUCUGGUUCUUAUGGGGAUGUAAUGCUGGCCAAAUAGAAAGAAAGCGGAUUAUUAGUUGCAAUUAAAACUUUAGAGAAAAGAUUAUUAAUCAAGGUUAGCUAAUUGGUUUAUAAAAAGGAAAAAAAAUAAUAUUAGGUUUUUAUUGAAAAAGAAGUCUUAACUUAAGUGAAGCAUCCUGGGUUGAUAAAUUUAAUUGCUAGUUUUUAGAGUUCAUCAUAAAUUUAUCUAGUGUUAGAAUUUGUAGAGGGAGGGGAUUUUGCAAAUUUUCUGAAAAUUAAUAGUAAAAAUGCAGUUUAUUAUCCUAGAAAAUAUUUCAUAAUAAAAUAUUGUUUUUUAUUCAGCAGAAAUUGUAAGCAUAUUAGAAUAGUUACAUACACAUGGAAUAGCUCAUCGAGAUGUAAAGGUAAUUAUGUUAUUAUGAUAAAAGCCAGAAAACAUUAUGGUGGCAAAUAAUUUACAUAUAAAGAUGAUUGACUUUGGAACUGCAAAUUUUUUUGAUGAGCGAGGAUUACCCGAGAGUGUAAGAGACAAAUUAAAUGAAUUACGAGAAGUUAGUUAACAGGAUGAAAGAUCCAUGGAUGAAAUUGACUAAUAUUAAUAAAAACACAAGGCUACAUUUGUUGGGACAGCUGAAUAUGUAUCACCAGAAUUAUUAGAAGAUGAUAUAUGUGGUCCUUAAGCAGAUUUAUGGGCAUUGGGGUGCAUAAUUUAUAAAAUGUUCACAGGAACAACUCCUUUUUGUGAUUAGACUGAAUACUUAGUAUUUUAGAAGGUCAGGGCUUGUUAGUAUUAGAAGAGUAAUAAAAUUCCUCAGGAAGCAAUGGAUUUAAUAAGCAAAUUAUUGGUAAGAGAUCCAUUGAGCAGAUUGGGAGGAGGAUUACCUAGUAUAAAUUAUUUAUAUUAAGAUUCAAAGAAUACCUAUAGGGAACUUAAGAGCCAUCCCUUCUUUAAGGAGACAAAUUGGGAUUAUUUAUGGAGUAGGAAGGGACCAGAUGAUGUGUAGAUUCAUUUGAAGAAGUAGACUUCAACAUAGGAAUUAUAGUUAAAGAAACAAAGCUCAGCUUUGAAACCAGAAGUAGUAUUGACUGGAUUAGUGAAUAAGAAGACUGGUUAAUGCGAUGAAUAUUAUAGGUUGGAUGAUUUAUAAGUUACGUAAUAUGAUUCUAUAUGAUUACGAAAUUCCAAAAUUGGAAUAUUUUGACCCAAAUACAGGAAUGAAGAAAGUAAGUUAAGAAUUUAUGAUUAAAAGGGAUAAAUUAUAUUGGAUAAGAAUGUGAUAAUAGAAUUAUUAAAAGGCUAAUUCAAUAUUGAUGUGCCUAAUAAAAAAAAAUAUUACUUUAAGGUACACCUAUUGAUAAUUAAGGAAUGUGAACAUCCAGCAUAAUUAUGGGUUGACAAAAUUAAAGAUAUUAUGAAGAAACGACUUAAUUAUGAAUGA